UCGGCUCUGGAUUAGCGAAACUGGCGACGUGGGACGGCCGCCGGUCCGGCCCCGCGCCCUGCCUCGCCCGCCGGGGUGAAGCCGGGACUCGGAGCCGCCGCGGACCGGAGUGGAGCCCGGGCAGGUCAGCUGCCGCGGCGUCCUCGCCGGCGGGACGCGGAGGCAGAGGACACCCCGGUGCUCUCCCUGCUGCAGCCCCGCCGGCGCCGCGCGGUGCGGUGAGGUGAGGGGCGGCGGUACCGCGGCAGCGGGGAGUACCCCCUGUCCCGGGGGAGCGGCGGGGCCAUGGCGCUGCGUGCCCGGGCGCUGUACGACUUCAGGUCGGAGAACCCGGGAGAGAUCUCUCUGCGGGAGCACGAGGUGCUGAGCCUGUGCAGCGAGCAGGACAUCGAGGGCUGGCUGGAGGGCGUCAACAGCCGCGGCGACCGCGGCCUCUUCCCGGCCUCCUACGUGCAGGUGAUCCGCGCCCCUGCCGCCGAGCCGCCGCCGCCCGCCCGCUACGCCAACGUGCCCGUCGGCGGCUUCGAGCCGCUGCCGCCCCCCGCCGCCUUCAAGCCGGCGGCACAGCAGCCCCCGCCGGCGGCGGCGCCCGAGCCUUUCCCGCUGCCCCCUGCCGCCGCCGGGUACCCCUUCCCGCCGGCGCCCUACGGCGGCUCCUACCAGCCCAGCCAGGGCAGCGAUGACGAUUGGGACGACGACUGGGACGACAGCUCCACCGUGGCCGACGAGCCGGGAGCCCUGGGCAGCUCCUACCCCGACUACGAGACGGCGGGCGGCGGGGCCCCCGGCCGCUACCGCCUGUCCACCCGGUCCGACCUCUCCCUGGGCUCUCGCGGAGGCGGCGGUCACCCUGCGGGACACCCGCACCCGCCCGGCGGCGGCGGCGCCAAGAGCUCGGCCACAGUGAGCCGCAACCUCAACCGCUUCUCCACCUUCGUCAAGUCUGGCGGGGAGGCCUUCGUGCUGGGCGAGGCAUCAGGCUUCGUGAAGGACGGGGACAAGCUAUGCGUGGUGCUGGGCCCCCGGGGCCCUGAGUGGCAGGAGAACCCCUACCCCUUCCAGUGCUCCAUCGAGGACCCCACCAAGCAGACCAAGUUCAAGGGCAUGAAGAGCUACAUUGCCUACAAGCUGGUGCCCAGCCACACCGGGCAGCAGGUGCACCGCCGCUACAAACACUUUGACUGGCUGUACGGGCGCCUGGCUGAGAAGUUCCCCGUCAUCUCUGUGCCGCACUUGCCAGAGAAGCAGGCCACUGGGCGCUUUGAGGAGGACUUCAUCUCCAAACGUCGCAAAGGCUUGGCUUGGUGGAUGGACCACAUGUGCAGCCACCCUGUGCUGGCUCAGUGUGAUGCCUUCCAACACUUCCUCACCUGUCCCAGCACGGAUGAGAAGGCCUGGAAACAAGGCAAGCGCAAGGCUGAGAAGGAUGAGAUGGUAGGUGCUAACUUUUUCCUGACCAUCAGUGUCCCCACAGGCCCUGGGGCCAGCCUGGACUUGCAGGAGGUGGAAAGCCAGGUAGAUGGCUUCAAAGCCUUCACAAAGAAGAUGGAUGAGAGUGCCCUGCAGCUCAAUCACACAGCCAACGAGUUUGCCCGCAAACAAGUCACUGGUUUCAAGAAGGAAUACCAGAAAGUGGGGCACUCCUUUAAGUGCCUCAGUCAGGCAUUUGAGCUGGACCAGCAGGCCUUUUCGGCUGGCCUCAACCAAGCCAUAGCCUUCACUGCAGAAGCCUAUGACGCCAUCGGGGACCUCUUUGCAGAUCAGCCCCGGCAGGACCUAGAUCCUGUGAUGGAUUUGUUAGCGCUGUAUCAGGGGCAUUUGGCAAACUUUCCAGACAUCAUCCACGUCCAGAAAGGAGCCCUUACCAAAGUAAAGGAGAGUAAGCGGCAUGUGGAAGAGGGGAAGAUGGAGCUCCAAAAAGCUGAGGGCAUUCAAGAACGCUGUAACAUUAUUUCUUUUGCAACCCUAGCAGAAAUUAAUCAUUUCCACAAAAUUCGUGUGAGGGACUUUAAAUCACAGAUGCAGCAUUUCUUGCAACAGCAAAUACUCUUUUUUCAAAAAGUGACACAAAAGCUAGAAGAAGCUCUCCACAAGUAUGACAGUGUUUAAUCUGUGAACUUUUGAUUUAUGAACUUCCCUCAGCAUGAACGUGACCCAGGCAGCAGAGCAAAUGCUGCUGCUGAAGAACUGUUGCCAGUGGCAUAGGGUGGUACAAGGAUGGUUUUGUGCUCACCUAGAACCCUGGUUUAAUCUCCAACUAUGUAGAAAGGAAACAGUUAUAGGGCUAUGUAGUAGAAACAGUACCACGCAUUGUAACUAAGUUAUACUGUGUAUGCCUACACUACCAUUGUAACUCUUUUGAAAUAUUGAGUAUACUAUUUGCCUUAUUGCUUUUUAAAAUAUGGUAUUUUAGUGCAUACUUUGUAGACCUCAGAACCCUUUGGGUCUUUAAGGAAGCUGGCGAGAUAAAAGCCUGCUUCAGAUGCCUUUUUACUUUCCUAGAUUUGGAUUUCCUAAAUUCAAACAAUUCUCUGUUUACAGACUCCUACUAGAGCAGCUAUGAUUCUGUGCCUUUAGACUCUAUUUUUUCCUUUUCUAUUAAGUCACAUUUUUACGAUUGAAUGAAUGAAGGGUUGAUGCCUAUGACAAGAACUGAUUAUAAAACCUCACAGUGACUGGAAAAAAAAUCAGCUGCCAUCGAGUUUGCACAGCAAGUACUGUCUUACGACAAAUGUUGGCUCAGAAAGGAGGACUUAAAUCUAUUCACAUUUUCCCUGAAAAUGGAGACUACUUGUUACAUGUAGUAGAAUGUUAAGCACAUAUACAAAAACACACCACUUAAUUCCCUUUCUGAAAUUAUUAAUACAGUGAGGGUUUUUUGCAUUUUUUUAGUAUACAGCAUUACUGUGAGUAGGUAUUUGAAUAGCUAGCCUAAUAAAAAUUAGGUGUAUUAAGGGGAUAUGAAUGCAAGCAAUGUUGCAUGGACAUUUUUUAAGUUUAAAAUGAUCUGCUCAUUGUUCUGUUGCUGAUUCAGUUUAACUUUGGACUUGCAUCUACAUUGCCAGUUGUCUUGAGUUGAAACUCCACUGUGAUUCAUUAGUUUACUAAGUUACAGAUUUUCAGGGAUGUUCAGUAAUAUAAAUGACCUGAAAUUAAGUCUUGGCUGAACUGACUUGGAAAACAGGUGGCAUUUUAAUGUUUGUAACACUCAAGAAUUAACAGUUGUCUUAAUUUUUGUAUAACUAUUUUUGACAAGCAGGGUGCAUUUAUAUAUACGUAAACACUAUCUUUUAAAGAUUUUUCUGGCUUAUUUCCCUUUAAUUUUCUGUGUUCCCUACUUAACUGGUUUCCUACUUACAUGUCAGUAUGAAAGAGGCUUUUUAUUUGUCCUAUCUUUUUUUCUCCUAAGCAAAAAUAACAAAAUCUUCAAGGAAGCAAAAUGUUUACUUUUUUUGUUUUUAAUUAAAUUAGUCAAAGAUAGCUUAAACAAAUUAAAGCCUGGAAAAGGAAGUUAAGCAACAGUUACAUUUAAAUGCAAAUCAUUCCUCACCUAUGCAGCAGAAACGUGGUUUUUUCGCUGGAUCAUGUGAGUUUUAGUAGCUUAACUCCACACCUCUGUUUUAAAGGAAUAAAUGUAUGAACGUAGUUUUGUUUUUAAGAUUCAUCCCAAUUGUUUGGAUAUUGCUAUUUUACGCAGUUUGCGUUUGGCAGUGCUUCUAGUACACACCCAAAGAAGUAAAAUAGGGUAUAAUGAAGAGGAAAAAAACAGCAUUUGUAAAAGAAAGGACAAUCAGUGAGAAAAGACUCCAUUUCUAGCUGGUAAAUAAGUGCUGCAAACAGCAAAGUUGACCAUAAAAUAAGGACCAUAGUCAUAGGGCUUGAUUUGCUCUUUAUCUUCCUUGUCUUCUUCUAUUUUCAAAACUCAUCAUUUCCCUUGAAAGCUCUUUCCAGCAGUACUCGAGCUUCCCGUAUGGUCCUGUAUGUCUUUGAAUUAUGUGAGAUAGUGAUGAGCUAGGUUUGAGCUGAGUUCCAUGGCUUAUGUUUGCUUAAGCCAGAUACGGUUUUAUUAAAUGUCUUUGCAGUAAUUACAUCAAACUACAAUCAAAUUUAUUUUAUGUGGAGGUAUUAAGACCUGUUCAAAAAUUGAUCUUUGUCCAGUUUACGUAUUCUAGAAGGUUAGUAUUAAUGACAUGUACAUGUCCAGGAGCAAAUAAAGCUGUGAUAUGUAUACAUACAACAUUAUCAGACAGGUACAGUUUUCCCAAAUAAACUGUCAUGGCCUUCACCU